GCCAAUCCGGGUCAUCCACAGGCGUAGUGUGACUUGGGUACUGCGAAGAGCGCCUUACUUACUUCGAAAGGGCUGCCGUGUUGAUCAAUCUCCUUUUUUAGACUUAUAUACAAUCGACGGCCCAUCAAGGAUGGAUGACUUGGGGUUACUCGCCCUACGCCUUGCGGUGGCAGCGAUUGUCAUUUGGGUCUCAACUCUCCUCUCUUCGUUCUGCAGCAAGGCCCUGAUCUGCAUCCUCGACUCCUACAAGCUCAAGCACAUCCCAGGUCCGCCUAACAACUCGCUGCUCCUGGGCAACACAGCCAUGAAGAGCAGGCCGGAUCGCCACCGUCUCUUCACCGAGUGGGCGCAUGAAUAUGGCCCCGUCUCCCGCCGCCGCAUUAUGUUUCAGCACUUCAUCCAAGUGACGGAUCCGGCGAUCAUAGCCGAGGCGGUUCGCAGCCGCGAGCUGGACAAGAAGCCUCUCGCGGGCGGAGGCAUCAAUAAUUUUGCCAGCCCCAAGGGCCACUACAAUCUGCUGAGCUCCCCCUCCAAUGAGCGCUGGAAGGCUGUCAGCCCCAAGGGCAACCUCAGCCUGCUCACAUCCCCCUCCAACAAGCGCUGGAAGGCUGUCAGGAAGGCGGUAGCGACGGCGUUUUCGACGGCCAACAUGCGGGCGCAGUUUCCAAACAUCCGCACAGCAUGCGCGCAGCUCGUGGACGUACUGAAGACCGUCUCAGCCGAUGAUGUGGUCGACAUGGACAGCGCGCUCUGCCGCGAAUCCCUCGAUGUCAUCGGCAUGGUGGGAUUCGGGCAGGACUUGGGCGCGACGCGUUCUCUGGCAAGCAGCGAUGAGAGCGGGCAGGCCAUGGAGGCAACGGCAGCCGCCAUGCUCGAAGCCGACCGCCGCAUCACCGACCCCCUGCGCAUGCGCAAGUUCUGGCGCAAGGACGUAAAGGAGGGAAAAGCGGCGACACUCUGUUUCCACGGAGUUAUGCUGGGAUUGCUGGCUGGCAUGAGGAGGGAACGCCCCGCCGAGACGAGCAUCGCAGCCCACCUGCUGGACAUCAAAGAUCCCGACACAGGGAAACCCCUGGAGGAUGCGCGCCUGCUGCCUGAGAUCUCCAUACUCUUCAUGGCCGGCUUUGAGACCACGGGGCACACAGCGGCGUGGACGCUGUUUUCUGUGAGCCAGAACCCGAAAGUUGAGGCCAAAAUCGUGGAGGAGCUGAAAAGCAAUGGGCUGCUGGCCACUCCCGAGAAGUCCAGCCCCCGCCCCAUCGAGUGGGAUGACAUUCCGAAGCUGACUUACCUCAACGCUGUCAUCAAGGAGUCCAUGCGGAUGUACCCCGCCGGGGGUGUGGCGACGUUUCGCACCCCCAAGGGGACGAAAGAUGUUGUGCUGGGGGGUGGACGCGUAGUGGUUCCACCCGGAGUGGGCCUGCACAUGCCCAUCACAGCCGUGCACCACUCCAAGGACCUGUGGGAAGACCCCGAAGACUUCAAGCCUGAGAGGUUCUUUGAGGAUGGUGCGGAGGAUGCUAAGGGGUUGGAUCAGGUGAACGGGCGCACGCCGGUGCGCUUCAUGCCCUUCAGCAUGGGCGGCCGUGACUGCGUUGGCCAAACGCUCGCAAAGCUCAACCUGGCUACCACACUCGCACAGCUGUACGGCAACUUCUCCUUCCGCCUCGCCGAUGAGAUGGGGGGACCGGAGGGUGUGAAGGCGGCAGAAUGCACAUCAAUUACUCUCUCCUGCAGCAAGGGAAUGAAGAUGCAUGCUGUGCCACGCGUGCCCUCCUGAGACAGCAUCUUCCUCGGACCUUGAGACUUCUGUGAAUGCAGCCUUGAAAAAGAGCUCUUGCAACAUCCCAAGGAGGACCUACUCAUUGGAUGUCCCAUAGCCUGGCCUGGAUUGAAGCGCGGCGGGCAAGAUUUUUUACUGGUGGCUUUUUGGUGGGGGAGGAGCAUUGGUGGUGUUCCUGUGACUGCCUGCCUUGUGUACAGGUUUGCGGAUUGAUUCUGCUACUUUGGUCAUAGCGUGCAGAGGGUAUCUGUUAGAUGACUGCCUUACCUAGGCGUGCACAUGAAUUAGACCAUUGCCUGAUUUCAUGAAAUGCUUGAUGUGAAGCUAACAGUGGUGUACGGGCCCACUUUAAAGUGUAUACAUAGUAUGUAUUACAUACGUAUGCGAAUUCAAUUCAUUCAGGCCCCACAGAUGUGGCUGCAGACACUCUGUGUGUACGCACUAUGGCCUUUGGGCUUUGGGUUUGCCGACACCGUAAUAAUACUAAUAAUGAUAAAUGC